UCUGAAAUAAAUGUUCCUAUCUUUCUGGGAACAUUUCCAAGGAUAAAGCAGACUAUAAAAAGUACAUGCAAAGCUUGCACAUUAGUGCAUUGAGCUUCAAGGCUGCAUUAUGCUUGGAAUUUGGAUACUUGCACUACUCAGCACAGCAGAAGGCAAAGAAGUUUGCUAUGAAAGGCUUGGAUGUUUCUCAGAUGAUAUACCAUGGUCUGGGACUACAGAAAGACCAAUCCAUAAGUUACCCUGGGAUCCAAAAAAGAUAGACAUUCACUUCUACCUGUACACGAGAGAAAAUCCUACUAACUUUCAAGAGAUCUCUGCAACUGAUGCCCCAACAAUUGAGUAUUCAAAUUUUAACACAAGUAGGAUAACCAGAUUUAUCGUACAUGGAUUUAUAGAUAAUGGAGAAGAAAACUGGCUCUCAGACAUGUGCAAGAGGAUGCUUACUGUGGAAGAUGUGAAUUGCAUCUGCGUAGACUGGAAAAAAGGCGCGAGAUGUCAGUACACCCAGGCAUCAAACAACGUCCGUGUUGUGGGUGCUGAAAUAGCUUAUUUUGUAAAUGUUCUUAAGGAAGAAUAUGGAUACUCUCCAGCCGACGUUCACAUAAUUGGCCACAGCCUUGGAGCACACGUGGCAGGUGAGGCUGGCAGGAGGCAGCCGGGGAUUGGAAGAAUAACUGGACUGGACCCUGCUCAACCUUAUUUUCAAGGCACUCCAGUUGGAGUCAGACUGGAUAAAUCUGAUGCAGAGUUUGUUGAUGUUAUCCACACAGAUUCAGCUCCCACAAUCCCUUACUUAGGUUUUGGCAUGAGCACAGCUAUAGGACAUCUUGACUUUUAUCCAAAUGGAGGAGAGCAAAUGCCAGGGUGUGGGAAGAACCCUGUUUCACAGAUCGUAGAUAUCGAUGGCAUCUGGGAAGGAACUCGGGACUUUGUGGCUUGCAAUCAUUUGCGGAGUUACAAGUAUUACUCUGACAGCAUUAUGCACCCUGAUGGAUUUCUAGGCUAUGCCUGUGCUUCAUAUGAUGUUUUUGAAACAGAAAACUGUUUCCCAUGCCCACAUGAGGGAUGCCCAAAUAUGGGUCACUUUGCAGAUAAAUUUAAAGGGAAAAUUAAAAAUAAUUUCGUGAAACUUUACCUGAAUACUGGAGAGGCCAAGGAUUUUGCUCUUUGGAGGUACAAAGUAACUGUGACCCUCUCUGGAAACAGUAAAGUUAAAGGAUAUGUAAAUCUUGCCCUGUAUGGAAGCGGUGGGAACACAAGGCAGCAUCAGAUCUUCAAGGGGACCCUUCAACCAGACAACAUUUACACAAGCUUCAUUGAUGCAGAAGUUAACAUUGGAACAGUUACAAAGGUUAAAUUUCUUUGGAACAACAAUUGGUUAAAUCCAACUUUUCCUAAACUAGGAGCUGCAACUAUUACAGUACAAUCUGGAGAAAAUGGAAAAGAAUUUCGUUUCUGUGGUUCUGGGACGGUGAGGGAGGAUGUUCUGCAAACUCUUACUGCUUGCUAACAGCACAUACAGAUGCCCAAAAUUUUGCUACCAAUAAAAGCUAGUCAUGCGUAAAA